AUGCAUAUAUCCAUUACGCUAGCAUUUUAUUUUUUGGCUCCUGUUGUUACUACCCUUCAUCAGGUAGCAGCUGCUCCAGCUGAACUAUCCAAGAGAUGUCCUCCCGGAAUGCAGCCAGCUCCAAAACAACCACAAGCUUAUCCGCCAGCACCUAAUGCAUUCGGUGUUCCUAACUCUUCCUGUGUUUCAAUCCCAACAUCGCCAGCAGCUCCAGAGACUUUACCGGUGGCAUUGCCCAUUCCUCCAGCUCCACCUGCUCUUCCUCUCCCAGCUGCUCCUGUGCUCCCAGUUCCGCCUGCUGCAGCUCUUCCUGUCUUGCCUGCAGUGCCAACACUUCCCACCCUACCGGCUCUAGAUCCUUUCGCAGGAUUCGCUCUAGGAGAACUUCCAGCAUUGCCGGUGCUGCCUCAGCUACCAGCAUUGGGUGAUGACUAG